AAAGACUUCUAUAUUGGUUUACCACGCGCGUUGCACUAUCGUGUUGCUCGUUUAGAGCCAUCGAAACUCACUGAGGUCAUCAAGGCAUUUGCACUUGGAAAGAUGUAUCGGACUUUUUUAUGGAACUAUUUGAAAUUACGAGAUAAUUUCACAGAAAGUGCUCUGAAUUAUCCGGAAUGGAUGUCUGUUUUGAGACAUUCGAAAAGCAUAGCGAUUGAUACAAAGAUUUAUAGUGGGGAACGAUACCGUACAAUAAUCCAUAUGUACGGGAAGUUGAAAAUGUGGCCGCAUUGGGAAUCGGAACAGCUCGAGGCCUAG